ACUUCCCGAACGGAGGUCGUGCUGAGUUGUACAAGUUUUAAUUGUUAUUUUCUAAAGCAAUUUCUUUUUUUUCUGUAAAAUUUCGAUACGUAAAAAGGUUAAAAAAGGAAGUUUUUUUUUACAGAACAAACAAUAUGGUAUCAGCAAACGCCAAUCAACUUCGGUACGAUGGCCGAGUGGUGGUCGUUACGGGAGCCGGAGCAGGGUUGGGUCGAGAGUAUGCCCUGUUGUUUGGCUCCCGAGGAGCUAAAGUGGUCGUCAACGAUCUUGGUGGCAACUUCCACGGUCAGGGCAAAUCUAAUGCCGCCGACAAAGUGGUGGAAGAGAUCCGUGCAACCGGUGGUGUUGCCGUUCCGGACUACAACUCCGUGGUGGAUGGUGAUAAAAUCAUUCAAACCGCAAUGGAAGCAUUCGGUCGGGUUGAUGUGCUGAUCAACAAUGCUGGCAUUCUGCGGGACAAAAGCAUUGCCCGAAUUUCCGAUGAAGAUUGGAACCUGAUCCAUGAUGUUCAUUUGAAGGGUAGUUUCGUUACGACUCGGGCCGCUUGGCCAAUAAUGAAGAAGCAAAACUAUGGUCGGAUCAUAAUGACAUCGAGCAAUUCCGGGGUGUAUGGAAAUUUCGGUCAAGCUAACUACAGCGCUGCUAAGCUGGGACUUGUUGGACUGGCAAAUACGGUAGCAAUUGAGGGUGCGAAAAAUAACAUCCAAUGUAAUGUGAUCGUACCCACGGCUGCAUCAAGGAUGACCGAAGGGAUUCUGCCGGAGAUUUUGUUCAAUGAAUUGAAACCGAAACUCAUCGCACCUGUUGUCGCUUAUCUGUGCCACGAGUCCUGCGAGGAUACGGGAUCGAUUAUCGAAAGUGCAGCUGGUUGGGCCACUAAGGUUCACUUUGUCCGGGGCAAGGGAUCCAUUUUGCGAACCGCAAUCGACGAAGAUGUGACUCCCGAAUUUGUGAAGAACGUAUGGGCAGAUGUAACCGAUAUGUCUCAGGCGAAACACCUUAACGCAAUUGGAGAGGCUAGUCUGUCCCUCGUCGAUGUCCUAGAGAAGCUACGCGAUGGAAAGGCCGACAGCAAUGCAGUGACGGACACUUUCAAAUUUAAUUUCAAGGAUGUCAUACUGUACGCCCUCGGUGUUGGGGCCACUGUAACCGAUGAGAGCGAUUUACGAUUUUUAUACGAAAAUCAUGCCGACUUCUCAGUACUCCCUACGUUUUUCAUUCUGCCUGGUCUACUAUCGGUUAUGGGUUCAAGUCUUACAGCAUCGGCGAUCCCUCAUGCCAAAUUUGACUUGACAAACAUCCUUCACGGCGAACAAUACAUCGAGCUGUUCGAUUCCGUCCCUACCGAAGGCCUCCUGACUACAACCAGCACUGUAUUGGACGUGUUGGACAAGCGAUCUGGUGCUCUGGUAACUACCCUGUCGGAAUCUUUCGAUGAGAAUGGAACUCUAGUAGCACGUGGCCAAAGCAGCACGUUUGUUGUUGGAGUCGGAAAUUUCAACGGCAAAACAAAAGCCAGCCCUGAAGUGAAACAGAUUGUUCCGAACCCAAAACGCACACCGGAUGCAUCGGUUGAAGUGAAAACUUCCAGGGACCAGGCAGCCCUUUACCGGUUGUCUGGGGAUCUCAACCCGAUGCACAUUGAUCCCAGCUUUUCGGCAAUCGCCGGAUAUAAGAUACCCAUCUUGCAUGGCCUCUGCACUAUGGGAAUAUCCGUAAAAGCAGUGCUGAAGCAGUUUGGUGGCGAUGAUCCAACUCUUUUCAAGGCAGCUAAAGUGCGUUUUUCGAAACCGGUACUACCCGGCCAAACGUUGCGUGUUGAAAUGUGGAAAGAACCCAACAACAGGGUCUGUUUCCGCACCCUCGUCGUCGAAACGAGUACCGAAGUUCUUACGGGUGCUUACGUCGAUUUUAAGAAGCUUAUCGUGAAACCCAACAUGACCGCAGGAAAGGACCUUGUUAGCGAUGCCGUGUUCACCGGCAUCAAGGAACGCAUUGCCGAAAACGAAGCCAAAGCAAAGGCCAUCAAUGCCGUGUUCCUGUACAAGAUCACCGAUGCCGGCAAGGUCGUGAAAGAAUGGGUGCUGGACCUGAAGAACGCCAAAGUUUACGAAGGCCCAGUCCAAGGUAAAGCCGACACCACGAUGACCAUCUCCGACGGGGAUAUGGUUGAUCUGGCUCUCGGCAAGCUUGCCCCGCAGACCGCCUUCAUGAAGGGAAAGCUCAAAAUCACCGGAAACAUUAUGUUGGCUCAAAAGCUGGCUCCUCUGCUGAAAACCGAAGCGAAGCUGUAAGCUUCUUCAGGCGCUGUUUCCCCUUGCUCUUAAGAACUUUACAAAACAUUCCACUAAGCGCACCUUUAGUGGACACAACAACAACAACACAGUGGUGAUAAGGAUAGUUUACACAUGUAAGUAAUCAUUAUGUUUAGUAUAACAAAAGUAUUUUGUAUUUACUCUACGGUGGGUGAAUUCAAUUUUUGCAUGAAAAUGGAACUGGGGCAAUAAACAAAUGUUUAUAAUUUA